GCGAAUCAUUCCGUAUAUAACUUCCUCUCUGCAAAUACCUUUGCAGAACUUCUGACCUAGAUUUGAAUAUGAAGAUGGAAUCGGAAAUGGAGUCGGCGUUCAACGGCUGCGGAUGUGUUUUGGCUCCGCCGUUGACCAUGCCGGUGGACGACAAAGCCUAUAUCGACGGGAUAUACGGUGAGCAGAUCAGCUUCCGGGAUCUUUUGAGUUUGAGCCUCAACAGAGAAGAACAGAGGCCUCUGUUGCAGUUAUCUCAGGCUAAUGCUUCUCCUCCACUGAUGCAUUUGCCGGGAAAUCAGCCCCUCCGAUCAUCCAAUGCUUUCCCGGCACAGUCGGCUCUUAGUCGAUUCGGAAGCGAUGGUGUAGAUUUGGAGCUGAAGUUGAAAGGUCCGCAACAGGACUUCGGUUCCAAUGCAUACGACAAUAGAGGCGGCGCCAUUUCCACGGGUAAUGACUCAAAUUUCUCUGCUCACUUUCCUGAUCUCCGAUCAUUAGAAAAUCAAUCGGUUCCUGUGAAUACCGAUUUCGGAUUCCGACCUCCGUCGUACAUUCCCGAGAAAACCACCAGAAACUACCAGAAUCCGACGAAUCUCAUUCAUCCGCGCGAAAAACCAGCGUUAGUGAGGAAGAGGAAUGAGAGUAGAUCCAGCAAACUCGCCAGAGUGAAGAGGCAGAAGCAAUGCGAGAAGAUUCGGCAGCUAGAGAAGCUGAUGCCGUGGGAGAAAAAGAUGGAGAGGGCGAAGAUGUUGGAGGAGGCGUACAAAUACGUCAAGUUUCUCCAGGCGCAGGUUAUGGUCCUCCAGAGCAUGCCGGCUUAUGGAGAUGUUUCCUCACUUGGCAACUUUGGCCCCGGACCGCAUAGCGUUCUCGGGCCAAUCGCCGAGCUCAACCGGCAACGACUGUUGUUUGUGGCGGUGAACUCGCCGGCGGCUCAGAGGGCGCUUUAUUCGAAAGGCUGCUGCAUAUGCUCGUCGGAACAGUUGGCUUUUCUUGCCGAGAGAAUUGUGUCUGGUUGAUCAGAUUGCCUCCACCCGUACUCUGACUGCUGGAUUGCCCCUUAAUGAUUGAUUAACAUCACUAUUAAGGUGUAAUUUAUAAUUUUUGUUAUAAUAUAUAGAAUGACUGAAUGUUGGAAUGGAAUUUCGUUACGAUUAGUAUAUGAGAAUACAUGGCUAAAGAGGUGUUAUGGAAUUGAAUAUGGAGAAGUCUACGCAAUUAAUGAGAAUUUUGUUUUUGUCCUCGAGUUUUGUUGAUUCA